AUGGCAGUGUCAUUGAACGUAGAGGAGAACUGCUUUCUAGACCAGUGUGGAGAACGCGGAAACAUGAUUGCAAGAUUCAACUUCUAUCCUCUGUGUCCAAGGCCUGAUGUUGUACUCGGAGUCAAACAACAUGCUGAUUCAUCGGCUAUUACCAUCCUGUUGCAAGACAAAGAAGUUGAAGGGCUUCAGGUUCUCAAAGAUGAUCAAUGGUUCAGAGUGCCUGUUGUACCGUAUGGUUUACUCAUUAAUGUUGGAGAUCAAGUUGAGAUAAUGAGCAAUGGCAUCUUUAAGAGCCCCGUGCACAGGGUGUUGACGAAUGCAGAACGAGAAAGAAAUACCCUUGCUAUUUUCAUUAUGCCAGAUGUAGCUGUUGAAUAG